AUGGGUAUUCAACUGAUGGGAUUAGCUCAUGCAAAGCAAAAGCUCCAGCGAUCUCUUUCUGCGAAAAUAGCAAAUAUAUUGGCAAGUAGUUCUGCUGCCAAUGUUCCUAGAGGCCACAUUGCAGUCUAUGUUGGAGAGAGAUACAGGAAGAGAUUUGUGAUUCCAAUUUCUUACUUGAACCAUCCUCUAUUCCAACAACUACUGAAUCGCGCCGAGGAAGAGUUUGGAUUCGAUCAUCCGAUGGGCGGUCUGACAAUUCCUUGCAGUGAAGACUACUUCAUCAAUCUCACUUCAGCUUUGAGCUGCUCGUAGAACAAUUAUAUAUAAUGCAGCUGGCAUAUACAUAUAUCCCAACCUUGAUAUAUAUAUUUGCCACUGUU